AUGACAACAUCCACAAAAGAAGCAGGUUGUGCACAAUAUGUGGGACCAUACCGAUUAGAGAAGACACUGGGGAAAGGACAGACAGGGCUGGUAAAGCUUGGGAUUCACUGUAUUACAGGACAGAAGGUUGCAAUAAAGAUUGUGAACCGGGAGAAGUUGACCGAGUCGGUCCUCAUGAAGGUGGAACGAGAGAUUGCCAUUUUGAAGUUGAUCGAGCACCCUCAUGUACUGAAGCUCCACGACGUCUAUGAAAAUAAGAAAUAUUUGUACUUAGUGUUAGAACAUGUGUCCGGAGGGGAACUGUUUGAUUACCUUGUCAAAAAAGGAAGAUUGACACCAAAAGAAGCUCGGAAAUUCUUCCGACAAAUUAUAUCCGCACUGGAUUUCUGUCACAGUCACUCCAUAUGUCACAGGGACCUGAAGCCGGAGAACCUCCUCCUGGAUGAGAAGAAUAAUAUCCGGAUUGCAGAUUUUGGAAUGGCUUCCCUGCAGGUUGGCGAUAGUCUACUAGAGACCAGCUGUGGUUCUCCACAUUAUGCCUGUCCAGAAGUCAUCAGGGGAGAGAAGUACGAUGGUCGUCGGGCGGAUGUAUGGAGCUGCGGUGUGAUACUCUUUGCACUUUUGGUGGGAGCGUUGCCGUUCGAUGAUGACAACUUACGACAGCUGUUAGAGAAGGUGAAACGAGGUGUCUUCCACAUGCCGCACUUUAUUCCUCCCGACUGCCAGAAUUUACUACGGGGCAUGAUCGAAGUGGAUGCAGAGAAACGCCUCUCGCUGGAACAGAUUCAGAAGCACACCUGGUAUCAAGGUGGGAAGAAUGAGCCAGAACCAGAGCAGCCAAUAGCACGGAAAGUGAUGAUUCGGAGGCUACAGUCUGUGAGUGACAUCGACCCAGACGUGCUGGACAGUAUGAACUCACUCGGCUGUUUUCGAGACAAGAACAAACUGAAACAGGAUCUCCUCUUUGAGGAAGAAAAUCAGGAGAAAAUGAUCUACUUCCUGCUGCUGGACAGGAAAGAGCGGUAUCCAAGCUGCGAGGACGAGGAUUUGCCACCACGAAAUGACAUUGACCCUCCUCGGAAACGGGUCGACUCGCCCAUGUUGAAUCGCCACGGCAAGCGCCGGCCCGAGAGGAAGUCGAUGGAGGUGCUGAGCGUGACGGACGGGGGAUCUCCGGUGCCCGCCCGCCGUGCCAUCGACGUGGCCCAGCACAGCCAGCGGUCUCGAUCAGUCAGUGGAGCCUCGUGUGGUCUCUCCUCCAGCCCCCUAAGCAGCCCCAGGGUGACCCCUCACCCCUCCCCUAGAGGCAGCCCCCUCCCCACCCCGCUGGGAACCCCCGUCCACACGCCAAAGGAGAGUCCCACCAGCACGCCCAACGCAACGCCGCCGUCCAGCCCUGGGGUCGGAGGAGUGCCCUGGAGGACUCGCCUCAACUCGAUCAAGAACAGCUUCCUUGGCUCUCCGCGAUUCCAUCGGAGGAAGCUACAAGUACCAACAGAGGAAAUGUCCAGCCUGACGCCGGAAUCAUCACCAGAACUUGCUAAGAAGUCGUGGUUUGGAAACUUUAUUAACCUGGACAAAGAAGAACAGAUAUUUGUUGUCAUCAGAGAUAAGCCUCUGAGUUCCAUCAAAGCAGACAUUGUGCACGCCUUCCUCUCAAUUCCCAGUCUGAGUCACAGCGUUAUCUCACAAACAAGUUUCCGUGCAGAGUACAAAUCGGUAGGAGGCCCGACUGUCUUCCAGAAGCCUGUGAAGUUCCAGGUGGACAUCACAUAUGCAGAAGGCAGUGAGGCGCAAAAAGAGAAUGGGAUUUAUUCUGUCACAUUCACAUUAAUGUCAGGGCCCAGCCGCAGGUUUAAGAGAGUUGUGGAAACAAUCCAAGCACAGUUAUUAAGUGCACACGAUCAGCCCUUGGUUCAAGCACUUGCAGAUGAAAAAAAUGGCCAGUUUAGUCAUCCUUCAGGGACUUCAAUCCGAGGGGCACAAAGCAUGCCCAGGGCGUGGAACGACUCCGAGUCUGUGGAGCACUUCAGACGAGGAGAUUCCAAACACUCAUCCUCUUUGAAAGAGAAACCCAAGCUUUUAUCUUCCAAUGGCACACAAAGUCAGCCGUAAAAAUAAAGCAAAAAAAAAGGAUAAAGAACUACUGGAAAAUGAGGCACCUGACGCUGUCUUUAUGAGGAUGUAAAUAUCUUUAAACAUGAAGAAACACGGAACUGAAUACAACCUCUAUAGUCCCAUUUCAUUUUAUUAUUUAAGGACUGAACGGGCCACCACCUGAGGUUGGGGCCUCUGCCUUCUGAAUUGACGCAUCCAUGACGCUCGUGUCUGCUUCAGGAAAUUAUGGGACUUGUUUCCACA